AUGCUCCAGGAGAAAAGCCUGGCCGACAGCGAGGAAGGGUUCGCAGCGGCCGCGGCCCCCGGCCAUGCCGACUCGGCCGCGGGCUCCCCGGUUCUCGGUGUAGCCGGUGUGAGCAGCCCGCAGGGCCCCGAUCCCGAACAGACAAUAGAAAACAUCAAAGUCUAUCUCCACGAGAAAGAGCUAUGGAAGAAAUUUCAUGAAGCCGGCACUGAAAUGAUAAUAACCAAAGCAGGCAGGAGGAUGUUCCCAAGCUACAAGGUCAAGGUGACUGGGAUGAACCCCAAGACCAAGUACAUCCUGCUCAUCGACAUCGUUCCUGCUGAUGACCACCGCUAUAAGUUCUGYGACAACAAAUGGAUGGUGGCGGGCAAGGCAGAGCCGGCCAUGCCGGGGCGCCUCUACGUGCAUCCCGACUCGCCGGCCACGGGAGCCCACUGGAUGAGGCAGCUCGUCUCCUUCCAGAAGCUGAAGCUCACCAACAACCACCUGGACCCCUUCGGACACAUCAUUCUGAACUCCAUGCACAAAUACCAGCCGCGGCUGCACAUCGUGAAGGCGGACGAGAACAACGCGUUCGGCUCCAAGAACACGGCCUUCUGCACCCACGUCUUCCCGGAGACCUCCUUCAUCUCCGUGACGUCCUACCAGAACCACAAGAUCACCCAGCUCAAAAUCGAGAACAACCCCUUCGCAAAGGGAUUCCGGGGCAGUGACGACAGYGACCUGCGCGUGGCUCGUCUGCAAAGCAAAGAGUACCCGGUGAUUUCCAAGAGCAUCAUGAGGCAGCGGCUGGUGUCGUCGCACGGGCAGCUGGCGGCCAAGGCGGACGUGAGCCCGCUGCACGGCAGCCACCAGGCCCUGCAGCACUUCCAGUACGAGAACGGCGCUCACAUGCAGUUCGCCGCGGCGGAGGCGCAGGAGCUGCCGCUCAACUCCUUCAGCGCACCGCGGGAGUCGGGGCUCUUCUACCACUGCCUCAAGAGAAGAGAGAGCGCCCGCCACCUGGAGCUGCCCUGCAAGCGCUCCUACCUGGAGGCCUCGUCCUCGGUGGGCGACGACCAUUAUUUCCGCUCGCCUCCCCCCUACGACCAGCCCAUGCUGAGCCCGUCCUACUGCGGCGAGGUGGCGCCGCGUGAGGCCUGCAUGUACUCGGGCGCCGGCGCCGACAUGGCCGCCGUGGUGGACGAGCUGCCGCCGCCGCCCCCGCCGCCGCCGCCGCCCGGCUGCAACAUGUGGACUUCGGUGUCGCCGUACGCCGGCUACGGCGUGCAGGCCGUGGAGACUGUGCCCUAUCACCAGCCCUUCCCCGCGCACUUUGCCGCCGCCGCCUCGGUGAUGCCGCGGCUGCCGGCGCUGGGCGGGCAGGGCGCCGCGGCGGGCGCCAACUUCGGCGUCUACAACCAGCUGGCGCCAGCGGUGCGGGAGCGCCUGCCCGCGCCGGCCUUCGGGCGCGAGCGCGGCCACGGCGCCGGCUGCGAGCGCAAGGCGCCCUCGCCGCACCUCAACGCCGCCGGCGAGCUGCUCUACUCGCCCGGCUUCUCCCUGGCCAGGGAGCCGCCGCUGCCCUACCACGGCGCCAUGGGCGCUGCCGACGCCUGGGCCGACGGGUGA